ACUCACUUUACUCUGCUAUCAUGGGCUCAAUGCUGCAGAUAAGCGAUAAGGCGGACAAUACAGCAGCAUCUACACAGGUGCUCCGGGAUCCGGUGGAGAUCGCUCAGCUGUACCGGGAUCAGUGCCGUUUUCCCAGCUUGUGUCGUGCUGAUGUGGGACCAGUGAUCACCUCAGGAUACGGCGGACAGUAUAGCAACAUCUACACAGAGUGGACUCAGCGGGAUCUGGAGAGGAUGGAGAAUGUGAAGUUUUGUCGGCAGUACAUUGUGUUUCACCAUGACAAAUCGGUGGUUUAUUCCGGACCCUCAGGAAACUGCACUGAGAUCAGGGGAGAGCUGCUCAGCGUGGAUUCUCCAUCUGGUGAAAUGAAGGCUGUGCUGAGGGAAAACACCACUGAAGGAGAAGAAAAGCAGUUCCUGGAGAUCUGGCACAAGAACAGAAAGCUGAAGUGCCUUAAUCUGACCACCCUCAACAAACACGGCAAAGUCUAUGAAGACGAUCAGUUUGGCUGUUUGGUCUGGUCUCAUUCGGAGACGCACCUCCUCUACAUCGCGGAGAAGAAACGGCCGAAGACUGAAUCCUACUUUCAGCAGGGGCCGGAGACCAGCCUGACCCCCGAUGAAGAGGAGCCCAUCAAGACUGACAAGAAGGAGGAAACCGUCCCGGGUCAUCAGUUUGAGUAUUAUGAGGACUGGGGUGAGAAUUUGGUCAGUAAGAGCAGUCCAGUGCUGUGUGUUCUGGACAUCGAGGGCAGCAACAUCUCUGUGCUGGAAGGAAUCCCGGCUGCCAUCUCUCCAGGACAGGCGUUCUGGGCUCCCGCUGACACCGGUCUGCUGUUUGUGGGCUGGUGGCACGAGCCCUUCAGACUGGGACUCAAAUCCUGCGGCAACAGAAGGUCGUCUCUGUUUUAUGUGGAUCUGGCCAGUGGGAAAUGCGAUCAGCUCUCCAGUGACUCCAUCUCUGUCUGUUCUCCUCGUCUGAGCCCUGAUCACUGCAGGAUUGUGUAUCUGGAGUCCGGCGUCUCCUGUUCACAUCUGCAGUGCCACCGACUCUGCGUGUUCGACUGGUACACCAAACAGACCAGCGUUGUGGUUGAUGUGGUGCAGAGAGCCAGAGAUGAUGGUUUCACUGGGAUCUACAGCUUUCUGUUGUCUCCUCGCUGCUGGUCUGCUGAUAGUGAGCGUGUGUUGUUCUGCAGCGCUCAGCGGAGCCGGAAGGAAUUGUUUGUUGUGGACACCUCAAGCCGUGAAAUCACGCGUCUCACCUCUCAAUCUCAGGAGGGAAGCUGGAAUCUGUUGAACAUUCACAGAGAUCUGAUGGUCGUCAGCUGCUCUUCCCCAAACUCUCCUCCAGACCUGCGGGUGGGUUUUCUGCCAGGGAAAGGCUCUGAAAGCAAGAUUUCCUGGGUCACAUUAGAAGAAUCUCAACCUCAGAGCGACAUCAGCUGGCAGACGCUCAACUUCAGCCCACCGCCCGAGCAGGACAACACACAAUACCCGGGUUUGGACUUUGAUGCUCUUCUGCUGAAGCCAAAGGACACACCAGCGGACGGCAAACUACCUCUCAUCGUCAUGCCACACGGCGGGCCUCACUCAGUGCUGGUGUCGGAGUGGAUCUUGUCGACUGCUGUUCUGUGUAAGAUGGGCUUCAGUGUUCUGCUGGUGAAUUACAGAGGCUCGCUUGGCUUCGGUCAGGAUAACGUCUUCUCCUUACCAGGAAACUGCGGCACUCAGGAUGUAAAAGACGUGCAGUUUGCGGUGGACAGUGUUUUGAAGCAAGGCGGCUUUGAUGAGCAGAAAGUGGCUGUGAUUGGAGGAUCUCACGGUGGAUUUCUGGCUUGUCAUCUGAUUGGACAAUAUCCCGGGUUUUACAAGGCGUGUGUGGCGCGAAAUCCAGCCAAUCUGGCAUCCAUGGUCUGCUGCACGGACAUCCCAGACUGGUGUAUAGUGGAAGCUGGAUUUGACUAUAAACCAGACAUUCAACUUGAACCCGCAAUUCUGGAGCAGAUGCUGAUCAAGUCACCCAUAAAACACGUUGCCAAGGUGAAGACUCCAGUGCUUCUGAUGCUGGGUGAAGGUGACAAGCGAGUCCCUAAUAAACAGGGCAUUGAAUAUUACAAAGCUCUGAAGAGCCUGCAGGUCCCCGUAAGAGUGUUGUGGUACCCAGGCAAUAAUCACUCUCUGUCCAAAGUGGACGCAGAAUCAGACGGGUUCAUGAACGGCGCUCUCUGGAUGAUCCAGCAUCUUUCUCUGUGACAUCACUUCCUCUAAGCAGCUCUUAACCAAGUGAUUUUUAGCUUCUCUUUUUUUAUUGAUCUGCAUCAGAAUCUGUGUUAAAAGCAGAAACACUUGAAGAUUCUCAGAGGCUCAUGUGUUGUAGAUGGUGUAAUGCAGUCUGUUUUAAAGUUCAUCUACAGUAAAAGACAGCUGAAAUCAGAAGCGCACACUUGAUUGAGUUCUUAUACUGCGUUCUGUCGUUAAUGGUUUGGUUUUUAGGGGAACAUUUAGGGUUUUUAGGGGUGUCAUUUAUAAUCAUGAUAUGACUGGGAAUGAGAUGAACGUGAAUGAGAUUUUAUGCAUGCUUAUGACGACUGUUAUUACGUGUCAUUCGCUUAUUUUAAAUGCAAAGAUGACAUUGUUUGUUAUGACAACUUGACAUAAACAAAUACAUCACAACCUGCUUCUGUUGUUGUCAUGACAACGUGACAUUCCCAAGACAAAAUUAAAUCAAAUCAUUUUUAUUGUGGCAUCAGCAGCAGCACGUGUAAAACACAACAUCAAAAUACAACAUCAUACUUCAAAACUCAUCAUAAAUCUGACAUAAACAUAAUAGUCAUGAGGCAUAAUAAAUAUGUCUAGAAUUUUAUAGCAGCGUCAUUAAUAUAUUUUUGACCUCAGCUACAGUGGCACACGCUGAAUUUGUCAUUAAAAUGUCAAUAACCUUUUAUUGUCUCAUUACAAUUAUAAUGCAUCAUGACAGUCAUGUUUAUGACGGAUUUAUGACUAGUUUGGUUGGUAACAUCAAGUUGUCAUAACAAAGAUGAAGACGUAUUUAUGCCAAGCUGUCAUAAACAAUGUCAUCUUUGUAUUUAAGAUAUCAUUACUGAGUAAAUGACACUUAAUAACAGCUGUUAUAAGCAUGCAUAAAGUCUUGUGUGUCAUGUCAUGAUUAUAAAGCUGUCUUGACCCCAUUUAAGUAAAGUUUUAGGGGUUUUAGUUAUUGGCGAGUUCAAUUUGUGCCAAGGUGUUGACAGGUCCUGAUGGUGCUCUGGUGUGUGUAUUAUUGGGGUUAUUCUCUGGGAUGUGCACUACUGUGCGGGAAUCUCUGCAUUGUUUCCAAUAAAAUCUUCAGACUUUUGUAAAGCUGAUUUCAUGA